AUGUCUCGUUCAGUUAUACCUCGAGUAACCCAGCGCCUAAAUCCGAGGAUACCUCUAUCUAUCCAAUUGCGUGCAAUUGGUUCACCACAACGCCAUGCACGUCUCUCAGCAGCCUGCGCCCAUGAACAAACAUGCAAUACCGCACGUAGCUUCUCCUCAACCCCCGGACUACUGAAGAAGGCCGGAAAAGCCAAUAAAGUACGCGCACGCUCAGAUUCCUCCCCGCCCGUUACCGAUGCGUCAGGCCCCACAGCUGUUGACGAGGCAUAUGACAUGUCCGGGCUGGAGUCACAAAUAUUGAAGGCCAUAGAGCGCCUGACACAUGAGCUUUCGCAGCUGAGGUCCGGUGGAAGGCUCAAUCCCAGCGUGGUAGAGUCGUUGAAGGUACAAUUAGGCACGGCAAAGGAAGGCAAGGAAACGGUCCGCUUGGGAGACAUUGCACAAGUCGUACCGAAAGGAAGAUUGCUUAAUGUCAUGCUCGGAGAGCAAAGCCACGUCAAGCCCGUAACAUCGGCUAUUGCAGCCUCAACACACAACCUCACACCUCAGCAACCGCACGCCGAUUCUCCCCUUACUAUCCCUGUGCCGAUUCCUCCACCAACUGGUGAAUCCCGCCAGGCUGCUCUUGAGACUGCACAGAAGGCCUCCGAACAGGCCGACCGUGCCAUUCACGAUGCAAGAGCCAGCCACAAUAAGAAGUUGAGGAAGUUUGGACUGGACAAAGCCGUGUUGCCGGACGAUCUGCAAAAGGCAGGCAAGCGAAUGGAGGAGGUUGUGAAAAAGGGUCAUUCGGAAGUCAAGCGAAUCACCGAAGGUGCUAAGAAGGUGCUCGAGAGUCAGUAA